AGUUUUCCGAGUUUUAAAAGUAUAAUACUUUUCAAAACUUAGCAAAGUUUUAAACCAUCUGGUAAAGCCUAGUAGAAAUAGAAGAAGUAUAAUAUACUAACAGAAGUCGAGUAAUCAUAAUAAACUAUAUAAUGUUACUUUUAAAGGAGCAAACAAAAAAGUCAAUUAGUUUGUCUCUAUGUUUUAGAUGAGCAAUCUUACCAAUGCUAGAUUGUCGACAUCAAAAGAAGACGGACUUGCUCAAUUAAGUAGAUACAAAAGCUAUCUUUGUUGUUAUCAGUUCAUUUUCAUCAUUUCGUCUUUCAAAUAGGUCGUUCAGCUGAAAAUUCUAAGCGUAUACGUGGUGUUCAAGAUAAAUUUGUAAAUAGUCAUUCUCUUGAGAAAGAAGGGCGUGCAUUAGUAGGUGAAGGUGUUCUAAUGAAGAUAUGCCGUAAAAAACCGAAACAACGAGCAUUUUUUCUUUUCAACGAUAUUCUUGUUUAUGGACAUGUAGUUAUUAGUGGUCGAAAGUAUUCUCAACAAAAAAUAAUUCCACUGAGCGAAAUUCAACUCGGACCUCCACUAGAUACACCCGAAAAUCCAUUUGCAUGGCUGAUAAGCAGUCCAAAAAAAUCAUUUAUUGUCCGUGCAAACUCAGAUCGUGAAAGACAAGGUGGGAGUGUAUCUAACAGUAGUCCUCUAGCACCUCAUUGGGUUCCAGAUGAAAAAGCGACUACUUGUGGAAAAGUUGUUUGUGAUAAUUGUUCAAAAAAACGUUUCUUACUGCCACAUGUUGAUUCAAAGCCAGUGCGGGUUUGUGACCUAUGUUUUGGAAAAUUAACAAGCGAGAAUGGUGAUUCUCGAAUUCGUGCGGAUAGCAGUGAUAGUGAUGGAGAAGAUACAAAUCAACAAUUUGCUCCAGUUCAGGCAUGUUAA